UCUGACGGUGAGCCCGGUCCAUGCCUCUCUGCGGCAGGGGCAGCCGCCCGCAGGGCCCUGGAGGCAAGCUCGGGGGACGCCCGGCAGGUUCCCCGUGCCCGAGGGGAACGUCGGAGGCACACCAUCACCAAUGGCGUGGACUGUGGCCUGUGGUACCAGCAGCAGCUGCAGCGAGUGCAGGAGCGCCAGCGCCGCCUGGGCCAGAGCCGGGCCAGCCCCGACCUCGGGGCUGCGGGGAGCCCCCGCCCGCUGGGGCAGCUGCUGCCCAAGGUCCAGGAGGUGGCCCGGUGCCUGGGGGAGCUUCUGGCCGCGGCCUGUGCCGGCCGGGUAAGUGUCCUCCCUGCCCGGCUCCGCGCCCCCGAGCCCUCGUGCAGCCCGCCUGACCAUGUCCUCCCGCAGGCCCUGCCCGCGGCCUCCGCCUCGCCCCCAGGCUGGCAGCAGCAGCAGCAGACCAUCUUCAUGCUGAAGGAGCAGAACCGACUGCUCACCCAGGAGGUGACCAGCAAGAGCGAACGCAUCACGCAGCUGGAGCAGGAGAAGUCUGCCCUCAUCAAGCAGCUGUUUGAAGCUCGCGCCCUGAGCCAGCAGGACGCCGGGCCCCUGGACUCCACCUUCAUCUAG